AUGGCUUUCCUGUGGUUGGUGCCCAUUUUUGUCUUCAUUGGUACAAUUUAUGGCUGUGGAGUUCCUGCCAUCCCUCCUGUGAUCACAGGGUAUGCCCGCAUUGUGAAUGGGGAGGAAGCUGUACCUCACUCCUGGCCCUGGCAGGUGUCCCUACAGGACUUUACCGGCUUCUACUUAUGUGGUGGGUCCCUGAUCAAUGAGAACUGGGUGGCCACAGCUGCCCAUUGUAGAAUCCGGAAUGGCCACCGUGUGAUCCUAGGACAGCAUGACAAAAGCAAGAGUGAUGAGGACAUUCAGACCAUCAGGGUGGGGAAGGUCUUCACUCACCCUAUGUGGAACGCCCACACGUUCAGCAAUGAUCUUACCCUUGUUAAGUUGACCACAGCUGUUACCUUGAACCCCCAUGUGUCCCCAGUGUGCCUGGCCUCCUCCUCCCACAUGUACCAGCCUGGUAUGUGCUGUGUCAUUUCUGGCUGGGGACAGACCCAUCGCAACGCUAUGCAAGCUUUCCCAAGCCAGCUGCAGCAGGGUGUUGUAACACUGCUCACCAAAGAACAGUGCAUGAUUUACUGGGGAGACAAGGUCUCUGAUGUCAUGAUCUGCGCUGGAGGUGGUGGAGCUGCUCCCUGCAUGGGUGACUAUGGUGGCCCUCUAGUCUGUGAGAGGGAUGGCAUCUGGAGCCUUGUGGGCAUUAUGUCCUGGGGCAGCAGCCUCUGCUCAACCACAACCCCCUCUGUCUACACUCACGUUGCUGCCCUACGCUCUUGGGUGGACCAGAUCCUGGCUGUCAGCUGA